AUGGAACCCGGAGUAAACACUCUCAGCCACUCUGUCCACACAGUGUAUACAAGCAAGCCCGUCAGCCACUCCUUCGCCAAGGAGGCCAUUGCCGGCUUUGUCGGCGCCGAGGUUGACAAUCUCGCCGAGACAAAGGGCAUGGACGAGGUCGACAAAAUCAAGGCCAAGGAGCACGCCAAGAGGAACGCCCACGAAAUGUACGACGAGCACUACAUCAGCGGCCACGGUGCUGAGGAGUAUGACCGCAGCCGCUACGAGCGCCACGAGAGCUUCGGCCGCUGGUGA